AUGGAAGACUCACAAGAUGAGGAGCAUGAGUUAGAUACACGAGCCAAGAAGUUACUUGCUAAGUUUGAUUAUGUGAUCUCUGAAGAUGUUCCGUUAGAACUUCUACCCAUGCGCGAUAUUCAACAUCAAAUUGACCUUAUACCCGGAGCAUCGUUGCCAAACAAAAAAGCUUAUAGAUUGAAUACUACACAACAAGUUGAACUCCAAAGGCAAGUCGAAGAGCAUUUGGAGAGGGGUUUAAUAAGGGAUAGCCUUAGUCCCUGUGUCGUACCUACUUUGCUUGUUCCUAAGAAAAAUGGCACUUGGAGGAUGUGUGUUGACAGUCGAGCAAUCAACAAGAUCAAUAUCAAAUAUCGCUCCCCAAUCCCAAUGUUAGAUGAUCUAUUUGACCAAUUACAUGGUUCUAAGAUCUUUUCAAAGAUUGAUUUGAAGAGUGGGUACCACCAGAUUCGUACGAGAGAAGGUGAUGAAUGGAAUACUGCCUUCAAGACUAGCCAAGGCUUGUAUGAAUGGUUGAUAAUGCCUUUUGGUUUGUCGAAUGGUCCUAGCACAUUCAUGAGGCUUAUGACUCAUGUGUUUAGACCAUUCAUUGGGAAGUUUGUUAUUGUCUACUUUGACGAUAUCCUAAUUUAUAGCAAAGAGGAAGCUGAACAUGGAAAACAUUUGGAGAAGGUUUUUUGA